UAUGAGAUGUACACUAUUGAGAGGAAUGCUGAAAGGACAGCAUCUGCAGGCAGGCUGCUCUACGACAUGUUUGUGAAUUUUCCAGACCAACCUGCUGUAUGGAGGGAGAUUAGCGUUAUUACAUCAGCGCUAAGGAAUGACUCGCAGGACAAGCAGACACAAUUUUUAAGAGGAUUAUUUGAAACCCUUCCUGGUCGGGUCCAGUGUGAAAUGUUACUGAAGGCCACAGAGCAGUGUUUUAACACAUUAGAAAGGGCAGAAAUGCUAUUACUACUUCUGCGACGUUUCCCAGAGACUGUGGUGCAACAUGGGGUAGGCCUUGGAGAAACAUUAUUAGAUGCUGAAAGUAUUGAAGACCAAGAAUCCCCAGUGAAUUGUUUUAGAAAAUUAUUUGUUUGUGAUGUUCUUCCUCUAAUAAUUAACAACCCUGAUGUUCGACUUCCUGCCAGCUUGUUAUAUAAAUAUCUGAAUAAAGCAGCGGAAUUUUAUAUUAACUAUGUAACUAGAUCUACACAGACAGAAAGCCAAUAUCAAGGUUCACAAGAUUCCUCUGAUAUUAUGUCUCCAAGCAAGCGUAGCUCUCAGAAGUACGUAAUAGAUGGCCUCACAGAGAAAUCAUCCCAGAUUACAGAUCCUUGGGAGAGGCUAUUUAAAAUAUUGUCUGUCGUGGGAAUGAGAUGUGAAUGGCAAAUGGAUAAGGGAAGAAGAAGUUUUGGUGACAUGUUGCAUCGAAUGAAAGACCUCUGCAGAUACAUCAGUAACUUUGAUAGUGAAGCACACGCUAAAUAUAAGAAUCAAGUAGUGUAUUCCACAAUGUUGGUCUUCUUUAAAAAUGCGUUCCAGUAUGUCAGCAACAUCCAGCCAUCGCUCUUUCAAGGUCCAAAUGCUCCAAAUCAAGUGCCACUGGUUCUUCUUGAGGAUGUGACCAACAUCUAUGGUGAUACAGAUAUUGAUCGUAACAAACACAUACACAAAAAGAGGAAACUUGCUGAAGGAAGAGAAAAAACAAUGAGCUCAGAUGAUGAGGAUCCUUCUGGGAAGGCGCGAAGUCGCCAUAUUACAGUAAACAAGGCAGAUCUUGCAAACUCUAUUGAAGUAUUAGAGAGUUUUAAACUGGCAAGAGAGAGCUGGGAGCUGCUCUAUUCUCUGGAGUCACUCGACAAAGAGUUCACCAGAAUUUGUUUGUCAUGGAAGACAGACACCUGGCUUUGGUUAAGAAUCUUUCUUACAGACAUGAUCAUCUACCAGGGGCAGUACAAAAAAGCAAUUAGCAGCCUACAUCACUUGGCAGCUCUUCAGGGCUCUCAUUCUCCACAGCAAAUUACAGGACAAGGAUCACUAGAAAAUCAGAGAGCACUAAUCCAGUUAGCAACAUGCCACUUUGCCCUUGGUGAAUAUCGGCAAACAUGUGAAAAAGUGCUUGACCUCAUGUGCUGUAUUUUACUUCCAAUACAAGAAGGAGGUAAAGUACAAGAGGAGCAACCUAAAGUAAAGUCUAAAUUCAGGAAAGGGUCUGAUUUGAAGCUUUGGCCAUGUACCAGCAGAGCUAUCAUGCCUUACUGCCUUCAUCUAUUGUUAGCUUGUUUCAAGCUCAGAGCUUUCACAGACAGCAGAGAUGAUAUGGCGCUGGGCCACGUAGUUGUUUUGCUUCAGCAUGAGUGGCCAAGGGGUGAGAACUUGUUCCUGAAAGCCAUCAACAAAAUCUGCCAACAAGGAAACUUCCAGUAUGAGAAUUUUUUCAACUAUGUCACGAAUAUUGAUAUGUUGGAGGAAUUUGCUUAUUUAAGAACACAGGAAGGAGGGAAAAUUCAUCUGGAACUGCUGCCAAAUCAAGCAAUGUUGAUCAAGCAUCAUACAGUUACCCGGGGUAUAACUAAAGGAGUGAAAGAAGAUUUCCGCCUGGCCAUGGAGCGCCAGGUCUCACGCUGUGGGGAAAACCUCAUGGUGGUCUUGCAUAGGUUCUGCAUUAAUGAGAAAAUACUGCUGCUUCAGACUCUUGCUUGAAUGGACUGGAUCAUGAUGCAAUGUCUCUUAGGGAGAGAGGGGAAGUCUCUUAAUUGUAUGAACAGCAGUGGAAAAUCACUUGUCCAGAGAGUCAAAGAAGUUCCCUAGGAGUUACAGAUUCUGCAGUACACAAAUACUACACAGUGUUUGUUCACCGUUUAAUUUUCUUAUGUGGGUAGAUCAAACUUUAUAAAUAAAACUUUGUUUAAGAAGUC